UGAAUGUGCGAUUAUCAACCGGCAACAAUAUGCGUGAAGGGAUCGUAGAGGUUUGUGUAAACGGGACCCGUGGACACAUUUGCGGUGCAUCCUGGGAGAAAGCUGAUGCUGAUGUAGUCUGCUCAAGUCUUGGUUUUACCAGGGCGCGAAGAGCAUUUAGCUUUUAUAGAGACGCGCCGACUGAACCAGUCAGCGACGAGAUGGUUCUUUAUGACGUGACAUGCACCGGAGAUGAAUCCACUUUGUUUGAAUGCUCGUAUGGAGUAAAUCUCACAGGAGGUUGCCACUUGGGAGAAAUAGCUGGAAUCGAGUGUUUACAAGAUAAUGGAGAUGUGUGUAUUCCUGGCUUGUGUCAUGGGGACAAAGAUAUGGAAGAUUUCAGAUGCAACCCACUGACAGAUGGAUGCUUCGUUUUGCCUUGGAAUGGUCAGUUACACUGUUCUUUUUACGACUUUGGAUUGUUCUCAUUGGAGUGCAUAAGCUGGGACGAACUAGGUUCUUCGCUUAGCUCUGAAGGAAUAAAAGACGAAGAGCGUGCUGAGCUUCUUGUCUUCGAUGGCGACGUUGUCCUCGUCUCAAUUGAUAGCAGAAUUUUUAGAGGAUUUGAAAACUUGCAUUUUCUAUAUUUUGAUAACAACAGCCUUACAGAAAUCCAACCUGGAAUGUUUGAAGGGUUGUCUUCUUUACGAAUUUUAAAUCUAUCAUCUAAUGCUAUCAAUUACAUACCGAAUAGAGCAUUUGAUGGACUAGAAAGCCUGGUGAUGUUGGACUUGAGUUACAAUCCCCUAUUUCAUAUAGACGACAAUUCACUUGGAAACUUGUGGAACCUUGAAUAUCUGUUUCUUAUUGACAUAUACCUACCAUCUUUGGAAGCAGGUAUAGCGCAUAACCUGUCUUCUCUGACAGCCGUAUCCGCAUCAGAUAGUAGGAUAUGCUGUCUUGUAUCGCGUGAGAUGAACAAUGUCAGCUGUGCCAUGACAGCUCCCAAAAGUCCGUUGGACACGUGCGGUAGACUCUAUCCAAACGUCGUGCUAAGAAUCUUUGGCUGGAUCAUAGGUCUUACCGCUCUGGUUGGAAAUAUCACGGUACUCGCUCUAAGAUUUCGUCUGAACCAGAAAAUAACUGUCCAAACUCUACUGAUUAUUAAUCUAGCUGUUGUUGACUGUCUCAUGGGUGUUUACAUGAUUUUUGUAACAUCAGCUGAUGUUCAUUUUGGUGAUAAUUACUUUCUAAGAGCACCAUGGUGGCGGGAUUCAAUCGUCUGCAAAGUGGCUGGUUUCCUUGCCUUUCUGUCCAGUGAACUCUCUGUUCUAACAUUAACCUUGAUCACCCUUGACCGAAUGAUAUGCAUAGUCUAUCCUUUUGGGAAACAUCGGAUGAGCAUCAAGGUAUCCGCGGUACUUCUAAUCGUUAUCUGGAUAUCCGUCUCAUUAAUUGGUAUUGCGCCAUUCCUCGUCAACUCCUCCGAUAUCUAUGGUCUCUCCGACGUCUGUCUUGGAUUGCCACUCCAUGUUGAUUCAGGGGAAACUGGCGUCUUACGAUUUCUAAGAGAAUCUGCCUGGUCUGAAGAAUUCAUUGUUGUCUACGAUGUGAUUAGUAGCGAAAUUAGACCAUCUUGGAUAUACUCCGUGGUAAUCUUCAUUGGUGUUAACAUGGUGUUGUUCAUAUUGAUGUUGGUCUCCUAUAUCGUAAUGUUCGUUGAAGUUAAGCGAUCCACUCGGUCGGUUGGAAACACUGCCGAGACCAGAGGGAGGGAAAUUAAGGUCGCCAGAAAGAUGGCGUUUAUCGUAGGAACCGAUUUUGCUUGCUGGAUGCCCAUAAUAAUCAUGGGUAUCCUUACUCAGACGGGGCUGGUGGUCUUGCCAAGUUCAUUGUAUGCAUGGGUCGUUAUAUUUAUUUUACCAAUUAAUUCCUCGAUAAAUCCAUUGAUCUAUACCUUUAUGAAUAUAAACGAAAAGAAGAGGAAACUUAAACAAAGUGCAUCUAAUACCACAGUUACAAACAUUAGUAACUCGCAUAACAGCGGAAAGGAUACUUCUAUUUAAAGCGUGGGUUAAAAAAUAGAAAUGUUAUCACUGAUUGACAGAAAUCAAAGAUAUCAAGCUUUUGAGAUCAUCACAUUAAUGCUAACAGCCUUAAUCUGUUAAUGGGUGAAGAGCGAAGAGAGAAAAUGUGAUAAUUAUGGGAAUAGGUAAGAAUGAGUGAAAAAUAAACAUAAAGGCCCGUAUUCUGAAGUCAGGUUUAACUUAGACCAUGUUCUAAAUCUGUGCUAAAAUUAUGGAGGGGGGGGGGAACUAAAAAAAAUAUGCUUAUAUUGUAUAUGUCUUUUAAUUUGUUUCCCUUUGCGUUCAAAAUGAAGAAAAUAUUUCAGUUCUCAUUCUGUGACAGCUAUAAAUGAUUUGAGUGUCAUAGUUAAUAAAUAGAAUAUGACAGAUUUGUGCACCAGUUGGCUCUCCAUAGUUAAACUUUAAACCAAGGUUCAAUUUAAACCCGAGUUCAGAAUACGGGCCAAAGUGAUUGGCGCUUCGGUUGUCUGUUGUGACCAUCAGGCAAACUAUAUGGGUGAUAUAUACGAUCUCCCUACAUCCAAAUGCAAAAGUGGCACUGUCCCGAACUUUACAUGCUGUGUUUCUUUACACCUUCAUGUAUCGCAAACAUGGAUCAUCCCGGAUCUCAAUCCGUGAUGUUCAGGGGUACAACGUCGUGAUUCUCGUCAUUCAAUACGAUCACAACUAGGUCCCAUUGAUCCCAACAUGGAUGGGUACGAGUCUGUACGAGGUCUACGUGGACUGGGAACGCCUGUAACACGGACCUAGCCGAAAUAGUCCCCGGAAUGAACACGAAGGGCCAGAAUUAGCACGGAUGUUACUGGAUCAUCCUUACACGGCCCUUUAAACUUGGAUAUCCCCAGAAUUUUGACGGAUGAUGUAAACAUCAGACCCUAUACUCGUAAUCUAUAUUAGAGUCUUUCCGUCCUAUUUGCCCUUAUAUCUCUGU